UUAAUUAAAAAAAUAAAAAACUAAAAACCCCAUCUCGUCUUCGCAUCCUCUGCCAAAUAUCUGAAGCUGUCACAAUUCGCAAUGUGGCGCUCUCGCACAGUAGACGCCCAUUUCAGGACCAUGCGUCUCAUCCCUUCUCUCCUCUCUUCUUCUUCUCCACUCAUCCUUGUCCGUACAAUCAAGAACCAGGUACACCUUCCCUCCCCUUUGCCCAAUCCAUCUCGGUCUUCUUCUCUUCCCAAAUCCCUAAUCUCCCCUAUUGUUACCUUUACGCCUUCCUCUCCCUCUGGUCUCCGUAGCCAGAGCCUUAGCUCCGGAAUUGGAUUCCGUGUCGUCCGUUGCAUAUCUUCGGUGUCACCUGCGCCGACAUUUGACUGGAACGAGCCGGUCUCCUGCUCGGAGGUCGGAGAUGGUGACAUGGGCACAGUGGAUGAAGAGACCAGGCCUCAUAUUCCCGUUAGAGCUUAUUUCUUCUCAACUAGUGUGGAUUUAAGAAAAUUGGUGGAACAGAACAGGGCAAAUUUUAUCCCACCAACAUCAAGAAUGACUAAUUACGUUCUUCUUAAAUUCGGCGAGCUUUCUCAAACCAAUGGUUUGCGUGCUUCUUUAAGUGGCAGUGAUUGCUGCUACAUGGUUGUCUUUCAAUACGGUUCAAUUGUCUUGUUUAACGUCCGCGAACAUGAGAUUGAUCAGUAUCUAAAAAUUGUAGAGAAACAUGCAUCAGGCUUACUACCUGAAAUGAGAAAGGAUGAGUACGAAGUAAGAGAGAAGCCAACAUUAGACACGUGGAUGGAAGGAGGAUUGGAUUAUAUAAUGUUACAGUAUGUGAAUACUGAUGGGAUUCGUACCAUUGGUAGUGUUCUUGGUCAAAGUAUUGCUCUUGAUUACUAUGUUCGCCAGGUUGAUGGAAUGGUUGCAGAAUUCACAGACAUUAACCGUGAAAUGGAAACAACUGGAAAUUUUAAGAUGAAGAAAAAAAAAUUAUUUCAAUUAGUUGGAAAGGCAAAUUCUAAUCUUGCUGAUGUGAUUCUUAAGCUUGGACUGUUUGAGAGAUCAGAUAUUGCCUGGAAAGAUGCUAAAUAUGCUCAGAUAUGGGAAUAUCUCAGAGAAGAAUUUGAGGUAACCCAGAGAUUCGCAAGUCUUGAUUUCAAGUUGAAGUUUGUAGAGCAUAAUAUUCGGUUUCUUCAGGAAAUUCUUCAAAAUAGGAAAUCAGAUCUGUUGGAGUGGCUCAUUAUUGCCUUGAUAGGUGCUGAAAUUCUGCUCUCUCUUUAUGACAUUAUACAUAGAUCAGCACUCACUUAACUAUAGCACAGUUUGGGUAAGCAAGCCAAAAUCCUAAUGGAAGCGUCCAAAUUCCUGUAUAUUUUAUGGCUGAUUAUAGUUGAAGUUACAGGGGCACAUCUGGAAUCAUGUAUCUACAUCAAUUCAAUUGAUUUUAUCAAUUUUUACACUCUUUUUUUUACACAAAACAUAAUAUUUAUCCAUUUACCAAUCCUAUCACACUAUAAUGAGUAUUGAUGCUUCAUUGAAUGGGACUUUACUUGCUAAGUCCUACAAUGAGAUCUAUGACAUUAUUAUAGAAUCGCCAACAACAAUUAUCAGUGGCCUACUACUAGAGCAUCUCCGGGAAAGAAAGUUACUAGUGUUCUUGAAGUUGAUGUCAUUAUUUCUUUAGCUGUUCAAGUAGCUUCAAUGUUAAAUAUGCUCUAGGCUAUGAGCAUGGGUCAACAAAUAGUUUCCUCACAUGUGGAUCAGCUCUCGGAGAUUUCUUGUGUUCAUUGUGGUAAGAGCCACAUCUUUGACUACUGCCUAUUCAAUCUUGCAUCUGUUUGCUCCAUGGAGAAUCAAAAAAUUUGUUAGCAAUUUUCUUUCAUGAUGUGUAAGUGAAUAUAAUUUCGCUCGAGUAAUAUAAUGAUAAGUCUAAAUAUUGUCUAGCUAUUAUGUAUAAUGUAAAAACUAAAAAUUACUUUGUUUAAUUUUGAUACUAGUUAAUACUUAAUAUAGUAAACGUUUUUGGUC